CGAUGACGCAACUUGGAGGCGGAAGUCGGCUGUGCUGAUGUUCAGGGAAUAGGAAGAAAAGAGAUCCGUGAGGCGAUUAUUUAAUCAUCCCAGCACGUGAAAUGUUUGCUCCCGGCGGGUCCGGCAGUUCUUCAAUGCCAAGAAGUAGGGGCCAUGGACUUCCUAAGCAGCCAGAGAGAAGCUUGGCGUCUGCACUCCCUGGUGCCCUUUCUAUUACUGCAUUAUGCACGGCGCUAGCUGAGCCUGCCUGGCUUCAUAUCCAUGGAGGAAACUGCAUGCGCCAGGAGCUAGGAGUGGCAGAUGUACUGGGGAGUGAGGAUCCUGAACUGCUGUCAACUUAUUGUAUGAAUCGUCAAACUAUACUUCUUCUCCGUGUCAUUGCGGGGUUCUGUUUUUUGGGUAUAGCUUGCAGCAUGACUGCCUUCCUGUUAGAUGUCUUCGGUCCUGAACACCCAGCAUUGAAAAUCACCCGACGCUAUGCCUUUGCUCACAUUCUAACAGUCCUUCAGUGUGCAACAGUGAUUGGAUUCUGCUACUGGGCCUCUGAGCUUAUUCUUGUUUUGCAACAACAGCACAAAAAGUACCACGGCUCCCAAGUAUACGUAACCUUUGCCGUUAGCUUCUACCUUGUGGCAGGUGCCGGUGGAGCUUCAAUUCUGGCGACUGCCGCCAACCUCCUUCGACAUUACCCCACUGAAGAGGAAGAGCAGGCUCUGGAGCUGCUGUCAGAGAUGGAGGCUGACUCCUACCCAGCUGAAUACGAUGUCAUGAACCCCUUCCAACCACCGCCGGCUUAUACGCCUUGAGUUUAAAAAAAAAGACUUAUUUCUUUAAUAAGAGAGAAACAGAAAGAGCAACUGCUUGCACCAAGGGGAGGAAAUACUCCCAACAUCUAGAUGAGGGGUAGUCUACUACCCUUCUAAAUUCGGGUUCCCACCGCUGACUUUAUAUUUUGCUUCCUUUGCUCUUCAUUAGAGUCCUUUGUUUUUAUUUUAUGAACUUUCCAGGUCACUGUGUAUUUUGUUGGUAAUAUACUUUCUACUGUUAUGUUUUUUUAAUUCACAUAGGUUGGUAUCUUGAUCUGAUCUUUUGGAAAAGGAAAGACUAUAUAAGCCAAACUUGUCUGGAUCAGACAUUCAGCAGCCCUGUAUAUUUAUGGAAGAUUUAGCAGGGUGUGACAUUUUUCCAUCAGAUUCACAUGCCAUACUGAAGUUAUCUGCAGUUAAUGUGGUGUUUUUAUCUAAAUUUGUGUCUUGUCCUGUUUUAGUAUCUUACUAAACUUGCAGAGGCAAAACAAAUUAUAGCUAUUAGGGAAUCUGAAAACUCCAACCUGAAGGAAGAUUCAUGUUGCCAAAACGUUGGCAUGAUCCUGUAUUUAGCACUAACUUCUCACAGCUAUUUACACCCAUCAAGUAUAUCUGGAUGAAAAUUGUUGGCCAACAGCAUGUUGCAACGUGUUUGUAAUGUGGGGGUGGGGGGUAUUUAUAUCUAUGUAGUGUUUCUGGUUAUGUUUCACAUUUACUCUAAAUGAUGUGCAUCUUUAGACUUUUGCUUUUGGAAACAAUAGUUCCUAAGCAGGAAAAAAAAACCCAUUAAAGAUGUUUAUUCCAUGGCCUUCUGCCACACAUACAUACAUAUAUUUAUAUGUAUUUAUGUGUGUGUGUGUAAUCAUUUUUUAAUACUAGAUUCUCCCUAACUUUUUUAAAAGGGACACAAAUAUUUGGGUGGAAAGCCAACCAAUCAACUAUUUUACCUUGACUGCUAAAGUAUAUUCUAAGUGUGUGUAUGUAUAUGUGUGUGUGUAUAUACACACAGUAUGUAUAUAUAUAUAUAUAUAUAUACAUAUAUAUACAUACAUACAUACAUACAUACACAUACACGCACACUAUAUAUAUAUACACAUACAUACAUACAUAUACAU